AUGCAGUCUAGUGUUGUCAUUUGGCCACACCACACACACGUCUUGUUCGUUGUUGUCAUCGCGCGCGCGGAGUGAGGCAUCGCAAUGCAGGCCGAUAUCAAUCAGAUGUUUACCGAACACGACAUCGUUCCGGUGCUGAUCGAUCGUGCCCCGCUGGUGUUCGCGAAGGUCGCCUACCGAUCGAAGCGCCUGGUGGACGCUAGCAAGGAACUGACUCCGGCUGAGGCUCGCACCGAACCGAAAGUUGAAUGGUGUGCCGAUCCAACGACCUUCUACACACUGAUAAUGAUCGAUCCGGAUUCGCCUACUCGAACGGAACCGCUCAACAGGGAGUUCGUUCACUGGCUGGUCGGAAACAUACCCGGGAAACACGUGGAGCAGGGUGAAGUGAUGUUCGAGUACAUGCCGGUGUUUCCGCAAUCGGCAUCCGGCUACCAUCGGUACAUAUUCUUGCUCUAUAAACAGCACUGUCACAAUGAUUAUUCCGAGGCGCCAAGAGCCUCCCGAAAAAAUCGUACACCACGAAUACGUUUUUCGACACGGGAUUUUGCCCACCGGUACAGUCUGGGUCAGCCGAUCGCCGGGAACUUUUUUGUGGCGAAAUUCGACGACUAUGUUCCCACCAUUUUGCGCCAAUUUCCGGCCUCGAGCGACUUCUAGCGGAACUCGGACGAAUAACUUGCUCUCUCUCUCUCUUGAAUGACUUGCUGGAAAUCCAUCGCGCACCGACGAUGCGUCACUGUUGAUAGUGUAAUAACUGAGAUGAGUGAUGACUCGCCGACGACCAUCUCGUAGUGUUUUUUUUUCAAAUCCUAGGACAACGAAGAUUUCCAUCGAAUUAAAGCGAAGAUCACUGAGAGGGUUGGAUCAUUUAUUAUUGAGUAAAUUGUUUUGUUUUAUAUCAAUCUCACUUCUUAUCUCGUUAUCAAAAGUCAGAAAGACCAAAGUUCAUCUAAGUUAUCUAAAAUUAGUUCAUAAUUCGUGUCAUUUUCAGAACAAAUAAAGAUUUUUUUUUAUUAAAUCCGGUAUCACUUUCAGUUUACCGAUUUUCCUGUGUUGAACUUACAUUCCAGUUUUUGAAUUCCCACUCUAUCUAGCCAAUUGCAGUUAUCCAAUUACUUCGCAUGAGAGCAACAUCAUUUUCAUUCAAAUGUUGAUUUUAUUUUUUGCAUUUUCUUGAUUUGGUUAAAAUAUACAAUUUGCAUCACUAGCUAAUAAAUUAGAUUCUAGUUUUAUUUUUAAGAAGGACCUAGGAAAACAAUAUUCCACAGAAGAAACUAUGAAUAGCUUAAAAAUUGGCGGGAAAAUAUUCGAAAUAAAAACACAUUUAAAAAUC